AUGACAGGGGUCCUCGACAAACCAAACCCAACGCAAAAUGCAGAAGUUGAGAAGGAUGGAACGAAUAUCACUUUCAAUGAACAAACUAAUUAUGUGCCAAAGCGCACGAUCAUAGCGAUCUUCCUGGCCUGUUCCAGCGUUGACCUGCUGGCGUUGAUGGACCAGACCACACUGGCGGCCAGUCUGUCGAUUAUCGGCAACGCAUUGGGAGCCAGUAACCAAACCUCUUGGAUCUCCGGUGGUUAUUUUGUAACAUCGACAUGUUUCCAGCUGCUCUAUGGAAAACUCUCCGAUAUCUGGUCUCGCAAGCUCGUCCUCUUCGUCGGUCUAGCAAUCUUCUUCUUCGGGUCUCUGGCAGCUUCCCUUGCACAAACCGCCACGCAAUUGAUCAUUUUCCGUGCUUUCACAGGUGUUGGCGGCGGUGGCCUCAUGACCGUCGCGCAGAUGAUCGUCAGCGACGUGGUUCCACUUCGUGAACGAGGCAAGUAUCAAGGAAUCCUCGGGGCGGUCGUUGCCAUUGCCAAUGGCAUUGGUCCUGUUAUCGGAGGUGCCCUGGCGUCUAGAUCGGAAGACUCGUGGCGAUGGAUCUUCCGUCUGAAUCUGCCCUUGACAGCAUUGACCACCCUGGCUGUUUUCUUCUUCAUGCCCCUUCGAAAGGUCACCGGUGACUGGAAAGUCAAAGUCAAAGCAAUUGAUUUCUUCGGUGUGGUUUUGGCGCUCGGGGGAACUUCGGUUCUGCUGCUGGGUUUGACUUGGGGUGGUGGAGAGUAUGAAUGGAAGUCGUCGCAUGUCAUUGCAACUCUGGUCGUUGGAAUUGCUAUUUCCAUUGCCUUCGUUGUUUGGCAAUGGAGAGGCACCUCGACGCCGUUGGUUCCCAUGCAUAUUUUUCGGGGUCGAAUCGUGAACGGCGCAUGUCUGACUAUGUUCAUCAACGGAUGGAACUUUUUGGUCCAGGUCUAUUACAUCCCCACGUUCUACCAGCUCGUGUUUGGAUACUCGACGGUUAAAGCGGCUACAAUGUUGUUACCUAUCACACUCAUGCAAACUGUUAGCAGUACAGGCUCUGGCCUUGUUGUCCAUUGGGUAGGCCGCUACCGAGAAUGCAUCUUGUUUGGAUGGAUUGUCUGGGCAGUCGGCCUUGGCCUUUUCUCAACACUGGACAAGGACUCGGGACUGGGAAAGCAGAUUGGAUAUGGCAUUCUGACGGGCGUUGGGGUUGGAAAUACUCUACAGCCCUCUCUAAUUGCCGUCCAAGCCGGCGUCGAAAGACGAGAUAUGGCUGUAGUGACUUCGUUCAGAAACUUCGUACGCAACCUGGGCGGGACUCUCGGGCUUGCCAUCGCAGGAACUAUUAUAAACAACGUCGUUUCGUCGUCUAUCUCGGUCCUCGACCUUAACGAAAGCCAAUCUCGAUCUCUCCUCUCUAGCCCGCAAAGUUACCUCUCGAAAUUGUCCGCAGAGGAGGCUGAGCAUGUUCGUGGUGUGCUGACCCCGGCGUAUCAAAAGGGGUUCCGUAUUAUCUUCAUUGUCGGGGCAUCCCUGGCGGCAUUUGCUUUCUUAUUGGCUAUUUGGUUGAUGCCACAGGUCGGUUUGAACCGGGCUGAUGAUCAAGCCUUGAAGGAAGAAGCCAAGAAAAGACUUGAAGGGCAGGAUGAAGAGAAAAGACUCAAAAGAGCGGGUUAG